AAAGUGCCACAAGCACGAUAUGAACAUCUUGUAACAGUAAUGAGCUAGCAGUAUAUAAGGAAGUAAGUAGCUACGACCCAGUCAACAGUCAACGCUUCACUGGAAACAACUGGAAGCAGCAUGCAGUCGCAGGUUAUCACGGCACUUGUCGCCUUGCUGCUGUGCGUGGCCUCCACUACUGGUACAGCCAGAAGGCCGUAUGGAGCGCGACAGCAUGAAGACACGGAUUACAACGAUUAUGAACACAUAGGAGUGAACAGGAACGGGAUUAAUUGCGUCUACAGAACCCUGCCUGGCGACCCGCAGCGGUACCACUGCUGCCCGAUAUAUCCUGACGGCUCGCGCGCCGCGCCGCGGUCUAUAUCGCCGGAGGGAUGCGGCGUGUUGACCUUCCCCGAAGACUACCCGUUUGAUCAAAACUGCUGCCCGGCGACCGAGGACGUCGGCAGCCGUCGGCGCGGUGGAGUCGCGCACCUGGCGCCCCAGUAGAAGAGCCGGCCACCCCUUUCCGUUCAGCCACAACGGCGGCUUCAGAACGACUUUUCGGGAGGGGCUAUAGCACGAAGAAAAGUCGCAGUUGCAAAAAAAAAAAUGAAACUGGUCAGAUAUUGGCUUUGGAAUAUUAUUUACAAAUUACAGGUGUCAAAUACAGAACCUUUGCAGCUCCAUGCAACUUUUUGAUGAGAUAAAAGUUUAACAUAUGAAAAUAAACAUUUAAUCAAACAUAAAUAUACACUGAUCAAUAAAAUUGGUCUCGGGAUGGGCUAUCACCCCCACCGCCCCAAUUCUGGAAACCGCGCUUGUUCAGCCAGUGCCAGCGCGGCCAAUCGCCUGGCGCCCUUCUCAGGCGUGCUCCAUCCGGAUUGGCUCACGGCCAGAUCCUUUCCGCUCCCCCCCCCCCCCCCUCUUUUAUAACCCGCACAAGUGUAACGCUGGCGACUGUAACAUCAACGCACAUCCUUCAACGACACGUAAACAGAGACGGAUCUCCCGGUCACACUUUAACUAUCGCGUCUGCCCCUCAUCCACAAUGCACGCGGAGACGUAAAAAAAGGUUGCAACCAAAGAUGGUUGCAUUUCAAGGUUAACAAAAUACUAAACGAAUUAAAAAAAAACAAACAAUAUUUUAUAGAUCAUAGCACGGUCUGAACUGCCAAAUAUAAUAGAAAAACACGUCAAAGUUAUGAUUUGAACACCAAGCUAUUCUUGUACUUGUUACCAUUUUUUAAUGUAUUUAGAACAUAAACCAACAUGGCUACCAAGCAGUCCGCUACAGUUGGUCGUACGGAACAACGCAAACGGAAGAGUUUAGCAUUUCCGGGAUAAUCCGUAGGUCCAUCUCCGACUGUUAGAAACUGUGUUUUCGUGAGAUCCGUUUACAGUUACGUGUCAUUCCACAACGAGGCAAACUGGGAUACAAGCUAUCUGGUCUGCAUUUCCUGUCACUUCCUUACGAUAACUAACCUAUUUCCUUUAAAUAUUUUUUUUUCCCCAAAAUGACAAAAUGUUUGUGUAUAUUACUAUUCAAUUAAUUUAUUCAUAGUGCCUGGUUGUUCAUUAUCAUGUAUGUCAUUACUUUAAGUCAGACAUAUGUAUAGAGUCCAUUUGUUUAUUGUCGUUUAUCAAAAAAACAAACAAAUAUACAUGUAUUAUCUUAGUGUUAUAAUGUUAAAAUGGUUCAGGUAAAUUUUUUUUAAUGUAUCAAUUUGACUGUAACUGUUUCUAUGAAAAACACUUAAAUGAAAA